AUGAAGAUAACACAGUCCGUCUUGAUUGCCCUUGGGCUCUGCUAUGGAGUCGUCUCAGCUCCCACGUCCCUGAAGCAACCCGAGCGUCGAUCAUUCAAGGUCGAGACUGCCAGGCGGAGCAACACCAUUCACGGCCCAGCUGCUUUACGGAAGGCCUAUGUCAAGUAUGGGAUUACCACUUCGGACAUUGGGCUCGACUUGGACGACUUCGAGCCGAAGGUCAAGACGUUGACUGCCGUCUCUGAUGAUACCAACAAUGAGGUUGUUGAACCCGACCAAACCGGCGCCGUGAGCGCCGCAUCUGUUGAAGGAGAUGCAUCCUUUGUCUCGCCCAUUACAAUCGGUGGCCAGAAGCUUGUUGUGACUUUUGAUACGGGCUCUUCGGAUGUAUGGGUGGUAAACACUCGACUUCCCAAAGCUUCCACUGAAGGGCAUGCAGCCUACGAUCCCUCGAAAUCUAGCUCAUUCAAGGACAUGAAAGGAUCGAAGUUCAAUAUCACCUACGGCGACGACUCUUACGCGUUUGGUGGCGUUGGAACUGACACAAUCAAUGUCGGAGGCGUUACAGUGACAGGUCAAUCGAUCGGUCUUCCCACCGAAGUCGCCCCCUCAAUCCUCUCAGACACCCACAGCAACGGCCUAGUCGGGCUGGGAUUUAGCUCAAUCAAUACGGUCAAACCAAAGAAACAAAAAUCCUUCUUCGAAACGGUUGCCGAGGUCCUGGACGAGCCCGUGCUUGGAUCGUCACUUGUGAGCGACGGAGUUGGCCAGUAUGAAUUCGGUACCAUCAACAAGUCAAAGUUCAAAGGAGAUCUAGUUAAUGCGAGCGUUGACGCCUCGGGAGGAUUUUGGAAGUUCGAAUCCCCCCUCUAUCGCGUUGGGGAUGGUGAGAUGAAGAAGCACGACAAGGCAACCUCGACAAUUGCUGAUACGGGAACCUCGCUCAUGCUCCUUGAGCAAACUGUUGUAGAUGCCUACUAUGAGAAGGUGCACGGCGCCCAAUAUGCAGCCAGUGCUUCGGGCUGGAUCUACCCUUGCAGCGCGGAAUUGCCGAAUCUUUCCAUCGCCGUCGGUCCUCAGCAUCUGGCCACAGUCCCUGGCAAUAUGAUCAAUUUCUCGGAGGUCGGUACCAAUACGACCACCGGAGAGUCCGUGUGUUACGGAGGCGUCCAGUCCAACCAAGGUCUCGAUAUGCAGAUCCUCGGCGAUACCUUUCUGAAAGCUUUCUACGUUGUCUUUGACCUGCGUGGCCCAUCAAUCGGCGUCGGGGUUCCCGCCUGA